CAAAAUUGGAGUCUCCACUUUCAAGACUUCCACUGCUGAAGAAAUUACAAGUAAGAGAAUGUAAUGAGGCGGUCUUGAGCAGUGGAAAUGACCUCACCUCACUCACCAAGUUAACAAUUUCUGGGAUUUCAGGCCUUAUCAAAUUGCAUGAAGGAUUUGUGCAAUUUUUGCAAGGGCUUCGGGUUUUGAGAGUAUCGGAAUGUGAAGAACUCGAAUAUUUGUGGGAGGAUGGUUUUGGAUCGGAAAACUCUCUUUCUCUUGAGAUUAGAGAUUGUGAUCAACUUGUAUAUUUGGGAUGCAAUCUUCAGUCUUUGGAAAUAAUUAAAUGUGAUAAACUAGAGAGGCUUCCAAAUGGAUGGCAGAGUCUAACAUGCCUUGAAAAAUUGGCAAUCAGGGAUUGUCCAAAGCUAGCGUCAUUUCCAGAUGUAGGUUUCCCACCAAUGCUGAGAAAUAUUGUUCUUGAGAAUUGUGAAGGUCUAAAGAGUCUACCUGAUGGCAUGAUGUUGAAGAUGAGGAACGACAGUACUGACAGCAACAACUUGUGUCUCCUUGAAAAGCUAGUGAUAUUCAGCUGUCCAUCUCUCAUUUGCUUUCCAAAAGGGCAAUUACCCACCACCCUUGACCAGCUAGUGACAUACAGGUGUCCAUCUCUCAAGUCUCUUCCAGAAGGAAUACCCGCCACUCUCAAGAAACUCUACAUAAGGAAUUGUGAAAGGCUAGAGUCUCUACCAGAGGGAAUAAUGCACCAACAUUCCACCAAUGCUGCUGCUCUCAAGGAACUUGAAAUAAGUGUUUGUCCAUCUCUCACACCCUUCCCAAGAGGCAAGUUUCCAUCCACCCUUGAGCGACUUCACAUUGAGGAUUGUGAACACCUCGAGUCAAUUUCAGGGGAGAUGUUUCACUCUACUAAUAAUUCACUUCAAUCUUUAAUCCUCAUGAGGUAUCCUAAUCUCAAAACCCUACCAGAUUGCCUCAACACCCUCACAUAUCUACGUAUUGAAGAUUUUGAAAAUCUGGAAUUGUUGCUUCCUCAGAUAAAAAAGCUCACCCGUCUUACACGGCUCGAUAUCUGUAACUGCAAGAAUAUCAAGACCCCCCUAUCCCAAUGGGGCCUUUCCAGACUCACCUCUCUUAAAUACCUCCAUAUUAGUGGCAUGUUUCCAGAUGCAACUUCCUUUUCGGAUGACCCCCACUCGAUUCUUUUUCCUACAACUCUCACCUCCCUUACCCUUUCAGAAUUCCAGAAUCUGGAAUCCCUAGCCUCCCUGUCUCUCCAAACCCUCACCUCUCUUGAAAAACUAUGGAUCCGCAAUUGCCCUAAGCUCCGAUCGAUUUUGUCAAGGGAAGGACUAUUGCCUGACACACUUUCAGAACUGAAUGUGCAUCGUUGCCCACAUCUAACACAAAGGUACUCGAAGGAGGAAGGAGAUGAUUGGCCCAAGAUUGCCCACAUCCCCUGUGUGCACAUGUAUGGCUAAUCCAUCUGAGUAAUAAAUAAGUUAUAAUGAGAAAAACGGUGUCAAUUUGAGAAAGGGGAAGAAUGGCGUUAUAUAGAUCUCAUUCCUAAAAUAAUGAUCAAUGAAGUGCUAUUUUAAUCAAAGGGCCACUCCGCCAAUAUACAGUCAGUGUUCAUUGUAAGUAAUCAAGAUGAGUAUAGAAGAUUUCUUAUGAUAAACAAAGUUUCGAUUAUGACCAUGGAAGAAACAUGUAAGCAGCUUGCAGUGAUUGGGCGUCCAAGUAAAAUGUGCUCUAACCAAGUGGACUUCUUCAAAAGGAAGUGGAAUAUGAAGAAAGGAUAGAUUGUUCAGACUUUGCCUGUGGAGGAAGGGAGAUUCCUGGGUGCUCAACACUUGAUGCUCAUUGCUCUGUUCAAGAAGAAUAAGAAACUCAGAGGUACAAGGCACCUCCAGCACAGUGAAGUGAAUACCCAAGCUUUUUGGAUUUCUCCUAGGACACCUGGAAGGCUGGCACAUAAGACAACAAGAACAUGCAGUAAAGAGUGCCAAAAGAGGAGGGGGCGCACCCUACGAAUACAGAGAGAAGCUCAACCAGUAUCAAUGAAAGGUUUAUUCUCUUCCUACAAAGAUAUUUCUUCGAUUUUGUGAAACAGUCCCAGUUUUCUUUAUGCCAUUCUACUGUUGUUCCUAUGAGAGGUAGUUUGGGCACACUUCAACAAAUUUGUAAAAUUUUAAUGUUUCAAAAUCUUGUUCAUCUCAUUAAUCUGAUGUUCAAUGAGGUUCAUAACAAUAAAAUUAGCAGGAAAGCACCAUGAGUCAGAAACUGACAAAGUUCUUCUCCUUCAAGCUUUCAACUGUAUCCUUCAGGCUCACCUCCAGAGGAGUGAAGUGAAUGCCUAAACUCCUUGCUUUCUCUUGGGAUACCCGGGAGGAUGGUGCAUAAGGUUUGUCAUCUGCGCAUCUGCAACCAAACACAUGUGGAUCCCAUCUCAGAAUUUUUUGCAUGAUACCAAGGCAUAAAUAUUUAAGGGGAAACAAGAUGGCAAGUACUCUUCAAUGUAUCCAAUGGAACAAUAGGAAGUAAUAUCGUGUUGAUCUCACUUGCUUCUAAUGAUGGCACUAACGAGCACUAGCAAUAACAAAUAGAAACUUACCUUUCA